AAUUUUGAUUGUAUUACUUCUCCGUGUUUCCACUUUUGGACUUCCACUUUAACCUCCGAGGUUAUGUCCGUACAGUGGUCCGUGGGCCGUACAUCAGUUGAAUUUGUGCUACCGAGCACAUAUUUGUGCUUUCUAAUUAGUAAUAAUAAUAACAAUAAUAAUAAAUAUUGCGCGAAUAGUAAUAUACGAAUAUGUGUACGGUGAAUUGAACGUAACGUUGUUGAGAAAAUAUCGUGGAUAAAAAUAUAACAAAUAACGUGAAAUAUGAGCAAAGCUACGCAAAACCUGAUAAUAAUAAAAAUUUCUCAUCAUAAUUCGCCUUUGACACAUGAGCUGUUGCGCCACAUAUAGGGUACCUGUUUAAUAAUAAAUCAAGUCUAACGCUGCGAUAUGAGUGGAGCGGUCUCUUUGUACGAUGGGACCGAAAAGAAAGAGGCGACUUCCAAGAACAAUACUUUGGAAAAUGGCGGGGGUGUCACAAAAAAGUUAUCGAGAGGCAUUUCAAGAGCGACCGAAAAUGCUGCGAUAGUUUCUCACGCUCGCUCCCAACUCACCCCUCUGGGAGCUGUCGAUACGCCAGAAUUCACAUUCUCCUUACCAGAUCUUUCUGUAUACCCAGAUGAUUUCCGUGAAUUUCUGGAGAGAGAUUUGAUAGAAGGAGGCUGCCUAACAUCUUUGGAGUCUGCGGGACGGUUGAAUUGGUGGUGCGGAGUCAAUGGAAAAAAUGGAGGAUCCAGAGUUCUCUGGCCGUUGGCUACAUCGGGCGAUGGAAACUGCCUUCUGCAUGCAGCAUCGCUCGGGAUGUGGGGCUUUCAUGACAGAUUAUUGACCCUUAGAGACGCGUUGCAUACGACAUUAGCUAAAGGAGAAUGUCGACACGCCCUUUAUAGGCGAUGGAAAUGGAGGCAAAUGGGACUGAAUGCAGUCGCUGGCUUGGCUUAUUCCGCAGCUGAAUGGGCUAACGAAUGGCAGAGCCUUGUGGACAUGGCAUCUGCACAUCCCCGUAAUCCAACCGCUAAUUCGUACCAAAGUUUGGAAGAGGUCCAUGUAUUAGCAUUAGCGCACGUACUGUGUCGGCCAAUAAUAGUGAUAGCUGAAACGAUGCUGAGGGAUGCAGAAGGGGUUGCUUUAGCACCUAUUCCGUUUGGCGGAGUUUAUUUACCAUUUGAAGUUCCACCGUCUCGAUGUCAUCGAACCCCGUUACUAUUGGCAUACCAUUCUGCUCAUUUCUCACCUCUCGUUACCGUUGACGGAUCCAGUAGUGAAAACGGUGGCGGGGAAGGGGUCAGCAUUCCUCUAGUGGAUCCAGAUUCAGGGCAGCUCUUACCAGUUUUGUUUUCUGUAGACCCCGGUCCACACUGGGAUUCCAGUAAUGCUUCUGAAACUCUACCACCUUCACAUCCCGAAGUGGAAGACGUGGUUUUACUUCGAGAAUACUUGGACUGUGAUUAUCAGCUGUUGACUGCUGAGGAACUAGAAAGGGAUUCUGAAACUGAUAAUCCAUCAUCGAACAAAAGCCGAGCAGCAAAGCAGUUACUUGGAGUUGCCAAACAGUUUGGGUCAAUUGGUAAAUCUGUAAGUCGGAGACUAUGGUCAAUGGCGAAAAGGCCAAAGAGUCCACCUUCUGCUUCAGGGGCUUCUGGUGCUCUUUGUGUUCAAAUAAGAAGUAAACGGCAUCAAUACGCUGAUCAAAUGCUUCAAAAUUAUCUACAAUGUGCGAGUGCAAGGUAUUUACGUGAACAGCGGGUUUCGGAUACUGGAAGUGAAAUGAAUUACGGAGCUGGAAAGUCUAAGUUCUACGCUGCGAGCGACAGAGGUAGCCAUGUCAGUGUUAGCAAGCUACUUCCAACGAACCCGAACAGCAAAGACCGCACUCUUUAUCUAUCUCGAUCGACGUUCUACAACAAUCAACCAUUUUCCGGGGAUGUAAGAUCUGAAAAAUGGAAUAACAGUAUCGCAAUUGAGGAUGAACGGACUGUAAGACCGUGCCGUAACGGGGAUUGUCAGUUUUUUGGCUCUGCUGAAAAUCAGUACUACUGUUCAAAGUGCUCGGUGGAGCAACCUUACCGCUAACUUGCAGUGCUUACUCUGAUGACAAUAAUUUAUGUCUUGCUAAUAAGUAUAUAUCAGCGUAUUACACAAAAUCAAGGUACAGAUGAUAACACUAGUCUCCUAAAUCGGAAAUCCUAACCAAUCGCAGCUAUAACAUUAUACUUAUACAUAUAUUUGUAACAUACAUAGGUAUAUAUAAUAAGUACGCGAGGUCAUUUUUCGUUCCAUAUUUUUCUCACUAUAUUUAUUGUUAAUAUUUAUAUUUUUGGCAGCUCAUCAAUCGUACAGGAUCAGUAUAGGCGUGUUAUUCAUAAAAUGAUCGAAUUUAAAGUGGAAAUUAAAUAAGAAAAUGACGAAUUUUAAUAUUUGUCAUGUCAAGUUCUAGAAUUUCUUGAAACUCUACAGUUGAUCCUUUUUAGUAUUGUGUUUCUUUUCUGUACUGAAAGUAUAAGUCUUCAACAACCUCCAUUCAUCUCGCGACAUCCUGGUGACAAUAAAUUCAUUCAUUCAUCAACUAGAAAUUAUAAUCUCUAAACUCAUAGAUAUUAUAGUAUUUAAGCCCACCUUGAGUAUUGGAUAGCCGUUAGUAAUUUGAUAUUGCAUAUAUCUACAUUUAUAUAAUUCGAUGAAGAUCGUGAUUUUAUUUUCGUAGUCUCAACUGUUUUAAGCUUAAUUGAUUUAAGUUUUUGCUAAGUGAAAUCCAUUUUCUCGUUCGAAUUUUGCUUUAUGCGCCCCGAUAUAAGCUAUAAUCUAUAAAGAAUAUAAAUAUUAAUGAAUGACAUUGUUAUAUGCGCAUUAUUUAUGUGCCUUGCGUAACGCUGCAUAAAGCCACAGUUUUAUUACCAUAGCGCAAGCGUCAGUACAAAUUUUGUGUUCUGUUUAAAAUUUUAAGCUUACUCGUAAUGCAAAACUUUGGCGCUGAGUAGAGAUAUGCUUUCUGUGGUACUGACAUUUUUGUAGCUCUGAGCAUUAAAAGUAAAACUUAUUAUGGAAAUGAAAGACAAAUCAAUGUAUAGAACAAGAAAAAAAAAUGAAUAGGAUGUAAUAUAGAGCUGAAGUCAAACGUUCGAUUGCAUAUCUUCGAAAAUUUUGCAAACGAAUUGGAUUAAAAUCAAACCAAAAUUGGAGUGAUCUACUCUUACUAAAAAUUACAAGAAAAAAAAUAAUAAUUUUGUAUACGCAUAAGUUUGUUUAUGGAAAAAAAAAACUUAUCUACGCUAAACGUGUUCAACUUGAUCAGUAGCCUAACUUGUAAAUUUAUUGAAUUGAAGCUGAAGAGAUGAAUAUCAAUUCAAACACGGAAUUAAAAACCUGCUCGACUUACAUGCACAAAUGUUCUUUGAACUAGUCAAAUAUCGCAAUUGAAGUGACUUUUACUCGAAAAAGUGUCAUCCAUAUACUUACCUUCGCACGUGUAACUUGUACAGGUUUUUUUUUCCUCAAAGAUACAAAAAUCGGUAUCUAGAAAUAAUUAUAGACUGCAAUAGGUUGUGCAUUGCGAACCAAAAUCAAUAUUUAAAAACAAUCUUUCAUCAUUACGGUGUAUUACCGUGUAUGAGACGUAUUCUAAAGGCUAAGGACACGAAGAUUCAUAUUUUCUUAUCAUUAUCACACAGUUCGUGUGACGAUUAAUGUAGGUUUAGAAAACACAUCCAGACGGAAGAAAAUUAUUGAGGAGAAUAGCGAUAGGUUCGAUAUACAUCGUGUAAUAUAUAUUCUCUCAUAAUAAGCUCUCAAGCUUUAGUAUUAACGUAAUUUUAAGUGUGGUAUCACUAAUAUAAAUUCUAGGGUGGCCUUUAUUUGGUGUUGCAAAAAAUUUCCUCAGAGUGGCUCCAAAUGUAUAUUGUGAAAAUCUCUUUAAAAGAUCAGCUCUCUAUUUCAAUAACAAGGGAUGGGACAAGAACUAACUAUUGCUCAUUUAAAUAACAUGUGUUCUGGUGAUGUAUUUACUUCAAAUUUUUUGUCAUCAUGUUCUGGGUGUCAAAAGAAUCUGGGACUUAGCAUGUCUCUCGAAUUACACCCUCUGUAAGCCUCUGAAAAAAACUGGAAGUCGCCUGCAUGUUGCAUUAUUACGCUUUAAACAAUCAGUUUUUUGGUAUCUCCUGAUUUUCACGUCUAGAUCGUGAUAAUAAAAAUAAAUCAUAGUAUACGAAGAAAAUGAUUAUUUACAUCAAAUAUGAUCGUUUCAAGCGUAAUAAUGAAAUAUGCAAGAGACUUUCGGUUUUUUCCAUAGGCUUACAGAGGGUAUUAUUCGAGAGAUGUACCAAGUUCCAGAUGCUUCUAGCACCCAGAAAGUGAUAAUAAAAAAUAGAAGGUGGCAACAUCAUAAAAACGCAUGUCAUUUAAAAGGACUGAAGUUAGUCCCCAGAAGAACACCCUCCCAUUGAGAUGAAGAGCUGACCAUUUACACAGACUUAA